GAUAUCUCGCGCGAGAACGAUUUGUUUGUUGGUUUUUUUUUUUUUUUUUUAAUCGAAAACGCGGGAGAACGAAACGCUUGCUUCGAAGAUAAAAUUCGGAUUAACUCGGCGCAACAGAGAUAGCGAUCUGUUCUCAAGCCGAUUAAUCAGCUGUACCCUACUUCGCUUCGUGGAAGAGAUCUAUAAUCGGAUCUAUAAAAAGUGAUAUCUGUGAGAGGGUGUUGUCGCGCUCUCCUCGUGAACGAGUUCAUUCACGUUUUCGAUCCGCGAUUUAGCGAAAUCGGAACAGAUCGGAAAUUCGGCGCGAAUCCGGGAAGAACGAUAAAAGACGGUUUCGCAUAUUAGCUUCUUGAGGUCCCCAGAUACACACACACAUGGGGGAUAUCUGAUCACGUGCCGACGGUCGAUCGUGUUCGCGUCGAGGAACACUGUGGGGUUUACCUCCGCGAAACGCACAUGUGAUUCGCGUGUUCGAACGAUCGAACGGUGAUCAAUCGUCGCUCAAGCCGGCUGUUUGCUUACUCGCGUGUGCGCACUGACGUGCGACCGUACGUGGUGGGAGAAGAGUUGUGUUUCAAGUCAAGGAUGGGCUGAUAUAAAAGUUCGCGAGUUUAUAAAACCGAGAUGAACUUACUCCAAAACCCAGUUUUCUAGCGGACCGUCCGGCAAACACGGUGAUGUAAUCAUCAGAAUCAUUUGUAUUCGUUAUCUGUAUGUAAGAGAGAGAGAGAGAGAGAGAGAAGGAGCAAGAGACUCCGUUCAAAAAAUCUGAUAUCAGUAGUUUCGUUCAGUAUAUCCGAGGCACGAGCCGAUCCGCAUUGGGAGGAGGUGAAAAGAGUAAGAGCCGUCGAUUUUUCAAUUUACGUGCGCGAUUAAAAGUCAUGGGAAUAGAUGCGUUAUCGUUCCGCGAAGCUUAUUCCGAUAAUUCUCUUCGAGCGCGCGCGUUUCUUGAUCCCCCAUAAUCGGAGGAGUUAAUUCGAGACCAAGCCGCGAGAGAUUUAUGCGCUUAUCGUUCUGAUAAAAACCGAUAUUACACCGUAAACGAGCAAUUUGUUACACUGAAUUCGGCUAUCUACGUUCACGCUUUUGCAGACGGUAACAAGACGAAGAAACAGCGGCGUGUAAAAGAGAGACUCCGGGGAUAUUUUUUUUUUUUUUUUUUUUUUUUUUUUUUUUUUUUUUUUUUUUUUUUUUUUUCAUGCAAAAGAAAAUAAAAAAUAUGCCGAGUAACACGAGAGAGGACCUCGUCGGAUGUAAGAACACGAUGUUACAACGUGGAACAAUCGUCGUUUAAAUUACUCAUUUCCAAAUCGUUUUCUCGUUGGUCGCAUCAUGUACAAAUCUCGCAAUUACCGGGAGGAGAACUCGUCGCGAGACAGCGGAUCCGAGAGCACGCCGUUGCUGUCGUCGGAGCCGCGAACAAGUCCGGAACCGGUGAUAUUCGGUGACGACACGGAAACGAGCGACUUGGAUCUAAGUCGGAAUCACUCCCUCAAAUACAGAAAUAUUGACGCCAACGGUUACGGCACAACCGUCGUAACAUCUGUGCUGAAAAGGCCACCCCUUCUAACGAGGGACAAUGAACUGCUCGUUCCCGCGGCGGCGAAUCCACCCUGCACGGUGAACCUCGUUCACGAGAAGAAGAAUUACGAUCCGCGCGGUAUCGACCUGAUACGGAUAAACAACGUUCUCGAUGCGAAGAGAAAUUACGCGAGGGAGAAACUGCGCGAGGCGAAUCUCCUCGGAAAUUCGUCGCACAUUCAACAGGACGCGCGGAUUUCCGGCAAGGAUUGUCCCAAACAAAGUUCGCUCGUCACUAUAUUUUCGAUAUGGAACACGAUAUUGGGAUCGUCGUUGUUGACGAUGCCGUGGGGAAUAGCAAUGGCCGGAUUCUUUCCCGGGAUCAUCUUCAAUCUAAUUAUGAGCGGUUUGUGUCUGUACACCGCUUACCGUCUCAUAACCACGCACGCCUAUCACGGAGGAGGAGAGCACAUAGAGGUCAUAGAAUUGUGUCGAAUAUAUCUCGGCAAAUGGGCGGAGUACAUCGCCCAGAUUUUUAGCAUCGCCGUGCUGACGGGCGCAACCGUGGCCUAUUGGGUAUUGAUGACCAACUUUUUGUACAACAGCGUCAAUUUUAUUUAUGAUAAUGUAUCCGGUCGAUCGACGCAUUCCGUGUCUGAAAACAUGACGUACGCAGAAGUUCUAUGUCCGAAAAAAGAUAUCCAUGUUAAUGACACUAUUGUGAUCCACGAAAAGACAUUUGACGCGCUAGGACCGGCAUGGGACCUGCACAACACGGUGCCUGUUUUCCUGGCUCUGUUGAUAUUUCCUUUCUUGAAUUUUAACAGCACGACGUUCUUCACAAAGUUCAAUUCCCUCGGAACGGUGUCAAUUGUAUAUGUGGUCAUUUUCGUGCUGAUAAAAUCCGCAUCGUGGGGCAUCAAUAUGGAUCAACACGAUUGGGCGACGAGCACCGUAUUACAGCCCACGUUUCCGGCUCUUACCGGGAUACUGGCGAUGUCGUUCUUCAUUCACAACAUCAUAAUCACUGUAAUGCAAAGUAAUCGCAAUCAAGAGAAAAAUGGAAGGGAUUUGACGAUAGCGUAUAUUCUCGUCACGUUAACUUACAUCAUCGUCGGAGCGGUGUUCUUUAUGUGCUUUCCCUUGGCUAAGUCGUGCAUAGAAGACAAUCUUUUGAACAACUUUCAAAAAUGGGACGGCCUCACUAUUGGCGCUCGCAUAUUGCUGCUCUUCCAACUGAUGACUGUUUAUCCGUUGCUCGCGUACAUGCUGCGCAUUCAGUUGCUCUCGUCUAUGUGCAAGGAAGUCACCAAGCGGCAUUGGAUACUUGUCAUUAAUCUCAUACUAGUUUUCGUGUGCAUUUUGUUCGCGACAUUUAUGCCUUACAUCGGGACCAUCGUCAGAUACACUGGCGCUUUGAGUGGACUGAUUUACGUCUUUACUUUGCCGAGUUUAUUGCACUUGUCGAUCCUGAGAAAAGAAGGAAAGCUGACUGUGUGCUCUCUAGUGAUUCACUUGAGUAUUCCUGUUAUCGGAGUUUCAAAUCUCAUUGCUCAAUUUUUCAUCAUUGAUCACUGAACAUAUAAUAAAAAAUAUACGUCAUAACUGUAUAGAUUACAUUUUUUUAUAUCACCUUUUUGUAUAGUUGUUAUGUCUGUAAUAUAGAUUUUGCAACAAAUAGUCUUAAUAUUUUGCAAGAAAAUCUCAUAACGUAAAAAGCGCGAUAAGUUCAACGAAGUGUUGUUUCACAUCCACGUAUCACAAAUGUAUGUGUGAAGUAAAUAAUCGGUGUUUUAUAGUUUAUGUGCAGUGUCUUGUGAAGAAUUUACACGGACAAUAAUGUAAUUUAUUUAACAUUUUAUAAUAUAAAGAUGUAAAAUUACUUCUUUUUUUUAACAUCUAGUUUGUGUUUUUCAUUAUCAACAUGUUUUAUAUAUCUCAUCUUCAAUAAAAUACUUACUUAUUA